CGCCUGUCCGUCAAAGCUCUUUGAUGUAAGACCUUACGGUAGACUUUGGACCUAGUAGGCAGCGUAUUGCAGAAAGUCAACUUGAGACAUGACCCACACAACCGCCGACGCACUUCUUCCAGCCCGAUUUCUGACAACAAUUGCCCACUUUAUCACGACGCUCAUGGUGUUCUUUACAAAGGAUAUAUAUGUUCGUGCCGCGUUGCCAAUUGGAGACUCCAGCCAAUACGCGAGUUACGAUAACUCUUUAACUGCAGCACUGGCUUUAUCCUGGGUAUGCUUUGCGAUCGAGCUUUUUGGUUUGUUUUCGGGAAUGACAACGUUCAAUCAAGGGGCCGGGACCUUGUAUCUAUGGGCGCACACAGCCGGAAUCAUCGCUCUCAUUUUUUUUGUCCUUGAAGGUUGGCAUUACAUGAUAUAUUGGUACAUUUUCACAUUUUGCAGUGCACUGCCUGCAUUGAUAGAAACCGGUCUGCUUUUGCUAGUAACACUACUUCGAGUCAAUCAAUACUAGGAAACGAACGAAACCAGAAUGUCAUUGAUAAUAUACAUAGCGUGUGUAGACAAAGCCAAA